AUGUCCACUACAACCGAGUUAUAUCCUCUCACCCGGACCCUUACGGAUGUCUUGGACGAUGAACUACUACACAUGUCUGCCAACAUGGGCCAAGAAUCCCUCCAAGCUCCGAAAUCCUGGAAAAAUCGAUCUUUAGAGGAUUUGCUAGUUAUCCCAUACCAAUCUGCCACGCCUUCGUCUUACGAUUCUAACGAAUACAAACAAUCCAUGUUCAGUAAGUAUGCAGACCCAUCGCUGACCACUAUGUCCAUGCAAAAACCUAGCUCGUACAGGAAACAGGGGACAUCUCCUUCGCAGGUGUCAUCUGUGACUCCAGUUCAAGCCACCAUUUCCCUGAACAAAGUUAUGACCAAUAAUCCGUUCGCAAGUCGCUUGCCAAAUGCAAGUUCUGAAAUUCGCAUAUCCUCUCCAGCUUUAUUCCAAGGGGAGGACGAGGAUAUGUUGAACGCGGGUGGGGAAAGUUUUCCUCCAGAUUUCUACGAUGACGAUAUAAACAGCCACAAAUUGGCCAGUUGGCCUCUUCAAGAAUCUGCUACGAUGUCACAGGACGCCAUGUCAAUUUUCGAUCGCGAGUUUGGUGACGACUUUAGUGACGAUGAUGAAGAAGACUAUGACGAAGACAGAAUCCCUAACUGUAGCGAAAGCCAAUGCUUACACGACCGUCAAGAUCAAGAUUUCGGCGUUCUGCCCGAAGAAGAUGCCAAUACGUUCAAUCCCAGUUUAAAUGCAGAUGACGACUCUCUAAUUUUUGAUAGACGUAGACCAGGUUCGCGAUUUAUGGACAACAGUCUAAAUGAUAACGCAAUAAUGGAGGACGAUGAUGUCGCCAGGGGGGAUGACGAAGAGGACGAUUUUCAAGGGCCCGCAGCUGGCGUGGAGGGCAGCUUCUCUAGCGGUGCCCCAUGUGAUAAAAGAAACAGCAGUGUGGUGUGUUUAAGCAACGAAUACAACAGAGCUCUACCUAGCUUAGAAGGAUCCCGGGAGGCGUCGCUCCCUGCAGAUGCCGAUGCCUUUUCGCAGAGAAAACUGAAUGACCAAAGAUCGCUCUCGAUCCCGUCCCUCAACCUUGGGAAUAAAAAGAAAAAGAUACCUGCAAGGCGGAAAUCCUCUACAGUGGCACCUUCGAUACCAAUAGCUAAGAAAAAGACUCUUUCGGAAUCGGUUAUACAAGGAAACGCUUCACAGGAGGUACACUCUUGCGAGCUGAUCAAUCCUGUGACAAAGGAAUCGUGUGGGAAGAAGUUUUCCAGACCGUAUGAUCUCAUUCGACAUCAAAAAACUAUACAUGCCACAAAGAAAAAGGUUUUCCGUUGCGUCAUUUGCAUACAGCAGCAGGGCGAGGAAGGGUAUGAAAAAACGUUUUCUCGUGGUGAUGCUUUGAGUCGACAUAUCAAGGUCAAGCAUGAUUUGAGUGGCCCAGAGGCUCAAAAGGCGAUUCAGUUUGCCAAAGAAAACGUAGAAUUCGCUGCAGCCUGA